AUGAGGAACUGUUUCAGCCAGAUAAGGGUUGGAACUUGGAAAAGGUAUAAAGCAAAGCUUUUCUUGAAGCAGGGAACAGUGCCCAAGUUCUUCAAGCCACAGAGUGUACCCUGUGCAAUGAAAACGGCUAUUGAAAAGGAACUCGACCGAUUGGAAACGGAAAGAGUAUUGGAAAGAAUAUCAUUGAGUGAAUAUGCAUCACCCAUAGUGGCUGUUCCGAAAUAUAACGACUCAGUAAGGAUUUGUGGAAACUACAAACGGUCAAUAAAUCCCAGUAUGUAUGUGGAUCAGUAUCCAUUACCGAAGCCUGAGGAGAUGUUUGCAGAAGUUGCAGGGGAAAUUACAAAACUAGAUCUGGUCCAAGCGUACCUAAGGUUUUACGACAUCCUCAUCACAGGAAAGUAUGCUCAAGAGCAUUUGACCAAUUUGGAAGCAGUUCUAAAGCGAUUGCAAGAUUUUGGUCUGAGAUUGCAACGAAACAAGUGCCAGUGGAUGCAGACCAAAGUGGAAUAUUUGGGUUAUUGCAUACAAGCACAAGGACUAGGACGAAGCAACGUACAAGAACUAAAGUCGUUCUUGGGACUGACCACUGAAAUGCAACUGCUAGGAAAGAGUCAACCAUGGAAAAGGAGCAAGAAUUUCAAGGAAGCCUUUUACAAGUUGAAGGAACGACUUGUUUUAGCUCAACGAUUAGUUCACUACGACAGUGAGUUAUCGUUGCUGUUAGCAUGCGAUGCUUCAGCAUAUGGAAUUGCAGCAGUACUAUCACAUACUAUGCCUGAUGGAAGUAAACGUCCUACUGCUAAUGGUUCAAGAACCUUGAGUAAAGCAGAGCAACAUUAUAGCCAAAUAGAGAAAGAAGCAUUUAGCGUUACGUUUGGUGUAAAAAAGUUUCACCGAUUUUCCUACGAAAGAGCAUUCACUUUGGUUACACACCACAAGGCCCUGACUACCAUCUUUGGAUCUAAGAAGGGAAUACCGACAGUAACAGGAGCUAGAUUGCAAAGAUGA